AUGGGUUGGGGUUGGGGUAAUUGGGGUUGGGGAACAGGUAACCGUGGUGGUGUAGGUGGCAACGGUAAAAAAGGUGGCCGUAAGGGAUGGAGUUCAUAA